AUGCGCAGGCUGCAGGUCGCACUCAUCAUGCUGUGCUUCCGUCGUGAUCCGGCAGGAAUCCACGGGGAAGUAAGCUGUGAUCGCUGCUGUAUCUCUCAUGCCCAGCUGGGAUAUUCGAAAGAUUGCUCUCCACCCGGUGUCAACACCGGUCCAGGGUACACGGUAAGCAAAUCGACAGAGGAUAACGAAGGUGUGAAGCAACUCCCCGUACCGGAGUAA